UUUUUUCCUUUUCUCGCUGAUCUUUUCAGCACUCCUUUUUCACUUUCUUGAUCAAAGUUCUUUAAUUUCUCAUUAUUUUCAAGAACCAAGUAAGAAAAAAUGUCACUCUGUUUCUCCUCAAAUAUAUUCACUCACAUUUCACCAACUUUUCAAACUUCCAAAACUAAAUUCUCAUCACAAUUCAUCAACCAAAUCCAGGUAAAUUCUCUGUCUUCUUCUUUAUCACAGCAUUUUAAGUUAACCAACAGACAAAACCAUUACAAUCACAUUACAGCUUCAGCAACAACUUCAGAGUUGUCCCAAUCUUCAUUCAGAACCAAGAAUCCAAAAGAUAUUAACAUUCUGGUAGUUGGUUCAACUGGGUACAUUGGCAAAUUUGUAGUAACAGAAUUGGUUAACAGAGGGUUUAAUGUCAUAGCCGUUGCUCGAGAAAGAAACGGAAUCAAAGGUAAAAACAGUAAGGAAGAGACUGUUAAUCAGUUAAAAGGAGCUAAUAUUUGUUUCUCUGAUGUGACUAAGUUAGAUGAACUGGAGAAAUCUUUGAAUGAAUCUGGUGUUUCAGUUGAUGUUGUUGUUUCUUGCUUAGCUAGUCGUAGCGGUGGUGUUAAAGAUUCAUGGAAGAUUGACUAUGAAGCAACCAAGAAUAGUCUUGUUGCUGGUAGAAAAUUUGGAGCUCAGCAUUUUGUGUUGCUGUCUGCAAUUUGUGUGCAGAAGCCCCUGCUCGAGUUUCAGCGGGCUAAGCUGAAAUUCGAGGCGGAAUUGAUGAGGGAAGCGGAAGAUGGUGGGGGGUUUAGUUAUAGUAUUGUGAGGCCAACUGCUUUCUUUAAGAGUUUGGGUGGUCAGGUUGAGUUGGUUAAAGAUGGGAAGCCUUAUGUUAUGUUUGGGGACGGGAAGUUGUGUGCGUGUAAGCCGAUAAGCGAGCAAGAUUUGGCUUCGUUUAUUGCGGAUUGCGUGUUGAGUGAUGAUAAAGUUAAUCAGGUUUUGCCUAUUGGAGGUCCGGGGAAGGCGUUGACGCCGUUAGAACAAGGGGAAAUGUUGUUUAAACUGUUGGGGAAGAAGCCACAGUUCUUGAAAGUGCCUAUUGGGAUAAUGGAUUUUGCUAUUGGAGUUCUUGAUUUUCUUGUUAAGAUCUUUCCUUCGAUGGAAGACGCGGCUGAAUUUGGCAAAAUUGGAAGGUAUUACGCGGCUGAGAGUAUGCUGAUUCUUGAUCCUGAGACGGGUGAUUAUAGUGCUGAGAAAACGCCAAGUUAUGGGAAGGAUACAUUGGAAGAAUUCUUUGAAAGGGUUCUGAGAGAAGGAAUGGCUGGUCAAGAACUAGGUGAACAAACAAUCUUCUGAAUUGCUGCAUAUUUCAAUGCUAAAUAGAGUCCGGACAAUUUUCUAAUACGGCGCAUUUAAAGGUAUGCAAGCUGCUAUUCUAAACCCUUAUUGCUCCUCUGUGAAUUGUGAUUCUUUUGUAAAUGUUAUUCCUGUAAUGAGAAAUGCUUAAAAAUUGUUACAGGCUGCUACCUGUUUUUGCCACUCAUGUUCACUUGUAGUCUAUAACUCUGUUUAUGUAUAUUAUAUCUUGGACGAGAACUUUUCUGAGUACUACCUUUCUGCGUUUUAUUUCCAUUUCCAAAACACAUCUGAAACUCUAUAUGUGUAUAACUCAUUCUCGUAAAAUAUACUGUUUCCUGUUAAGACAUUUCUCGUUUUAACGUUUUGUUUUCUUA